ACGCACUUCCGGUUCCCUUCACCUAGGUCGGCUGGAAAUUGUGUCCUCCAUCGGUUUUCCUCAGUUUUCCAGCAAUUGGGUUAUUUUAUGGAACUAUUUCCUCAAUUAUUGCAUUAUUUCUUUUUUUUCAUAACGAAACUGCUACCAUAGGAAGAUUCGUGGGGACCUAGGAAAGGAAGAUAAACAGAAGGAGUGCUGGACGGGCUCGGAACUGUUAUGCGUGGGUCUAUGCGUUUCCCGCCGGGCCAGUAAUGCUGCGUGACCCGGUUUAGCUACUGGAAAAAGGACGGACUUGCUGUGGUGAAGUAUGUCAAGUUUCUCCAGGGCUCACCAGCAAUGGGCCACUUUUGCUCGAAUGUGGUAUCUCUUAGAUGGGAAAAUGCAGCCCCCAGGCAAACUUGCUGCUGUGGCAUCCAUAAAACUUCAAGGAUUACAUAAACCUGUGUACCAUCAAAUAAGUGACUGUGGGGAUCAUGUCGUCAUUAUGAACACAAGACACAUUGCGUUUUCUGGAAACAAAUGGGAACAAAAAGUAUAUUCCUCACAUACUGGCUACCCAGGUGGAUUUAGACAAGUAACAGCUGCUCAGCUUCACCAGAGGGAUCCAGUGGCAAUUGUAAAACUAGCUAUCUAUGGCAUGCUACCAAAAAACCUUCACAGAAGAACAAUGAUGCAAAGGUUGCAUCUUUUUCCAGAUGAGGCACCCACACCUCCCGAGACUAAUUCAGAUAUCCCUUCUGUACCCCCGGGCAAUGCAAUCAAGACCCGGGUAUACAGGAUCUGGCCUGCAAGCCUGUCUCCCAGGCCCCGGAGAUCAAACCCUGACCAUGCCGGGGAGAAGGAUACUGGUCCCAAGUUUCUCUCAUGGGGUGCGCAAGGCGAUUCAAUGUUCCUCCACCUUGGGGUGUGUCCUACUCUGCUGGAGUCCCUGGGCAUGCAGCACCAGGGAGGGCCUGCAGGCAGAGAUCUCACAGUCUGA